AUGGAAGCUCGCUGUCAGUGUGGUGCUGUCAGUUUCAUGACGCCCACUGCCAAACCACUCGCCCUCUACAUCUGCCACUGCCACGACUGUCGUCGCCAGUCAAGCUCAGCCUUUGGCACCAGUGCCAUCUUCCCGCGGUUUCCCCUGCCGGACGAUUCUCUCAUUAGCUGUUAUACCUGUGGCACCCGUCUACUCCACACGACGCCGGGUAAAAACGUCGUCUCCGUCAAAGGUGGCUGUCUUGAAGGCCUCGACUGGCGCAGUGCCAUUCACAUCUGGACAAAAACCGCCAUGGUCCCCAUCCCCGAGGGCAGCGAGAGCCACUCGGAAGAGGCCGACUAUACUGAGUACGGCUCCAGCCAGGAAGAGCUGGACCAACCGGAGAUGCUCCGUGGCAGCGGUGGUGACGGCGCGCUGGAUGCUUAA